AUGGCUUCUCCUACCGCUAUUCCGCACCCCGAGACCUCGUCCCACCACCGCAGCGCUACGACGCCGGACGUCGCCAGCGAGAGCUCUUUCCGACCCAGCAAGCCCUCCUACUCGCCGCCCUCGGCCUCGUCAAUCUACACCAAGGCCACGGGCGCCUUUUCCAAGUCGGCCGGCGCCGGCUCGGGCCUCGCCACCAGCCCCACGGGCCUCCGACUCCCCCUCGGCAUGAGCAUCGGCCGUGGCCUCCCUAGCCCCCCUAACCCCAACGACGGCUCUCCUAGCCACACGCGUGCCCGAUCGCAGACCACCACCUGCGCCCUCGGCGUCAAGCCCGAGACUUUCGACGACCGCCUGCCCGUCGCCAAGGCGCCCGGCUUCUUCGACUCGGCAGGCAGAUCGCCCACGAGCUCGUCGCAGGUGUCGUCGAGCGACCCGUUCCUCUCGCGAAGCCCCACUAGCCCGUCGUCGGUCUCGUCGGCCAACACCGCCUCGUCGGCGGGCAACAACAGCGGCUUCCAGACCACCUACGCCCUCGGACGCGUGCCCUCGCUGCCCCUGGGCACGUCGUACGAGCAGGCCCAGAAGAGAUUCAACAGCGGCAGCUGGUCGCAGAGCGGCGGCUGGGCAUUCGGCAGCCUCCGUGGCGGGGCGUCUCAGGCCUACAGCGGCAGGGCGGGCGACGACACCGGCGGCGGCGGAGGCGGGGGAGGAGGCGGAGGCGGCGUGGGUGGCCUCUUGCGCCGCUUCAGCAUGGGUGGCGGCCACCACCACCGCCCUCAGCUAUCGCCCGAGCACCGCUACAGCGUCGGAUCCGCCGCCGACUUUGACAGGAGCGCCACCCCGACGGGCGCCUCCGCCGUCCCGCGCAGCCAGGUCGACCCGGGCCACGGGCAUGCCGCGCGCGACUCGGGCGUAGGCUUCAACGAGCAGCGCGAGCCGGCCCACAAGGGCAUGGUGGGAGCGGCCGCAGCGGCGCCCGCACCCCCUCCGCCUCAGCAGACGUCGCCUCGCGGCCGCCAGGGCAGCCUCUCGGGCAGCGGCAAGAGGAAGCCAAGCCCCAUGGGCGAGCGCCUGUUGAUGGGCCACUUUACCGCCCACUAG